GCCCCCCCCCCCGGGGUUGGGCAGGGAGUCGCCCGGCUUGUGCACAGGUUGUGUCGGGGGCGCUGGACAGAGAUUCCCCCACCUUGCCCCGUGUCUGACCCCCCCCCCACAGGCAGGGCCAUGGCGGGGCCCCCCCAGGAGCGCCGCCGGCUGCAGGAGGAGACGCGGCUGGUGCUGGAGGCCUUCCUGCAGGGGGCGCUGGGCCGGCGGCCCGCCCUGGGGCACGUGGGGGGCAGCUACCAUGACCCCCACUGCUACGCACACAGGCGCCCCGUGGAGCCGGGGGGGGCCUGGACCCCCCUGCACGAGGAGAUCAGCCGGGCGGAGGAACGGAAACACGGCUUCAAGACCAGCAUGAAGCGGCUGCUCCAGCGACGGACCAGCCCCCGCCGGGACCCCCCCGGCCCCCCACCCCCCGGGGCAGAGCCCCGCGAAGGACAGAAGGAGCGGGGGGAGGAGCGCCCCAAGCACGGCCGGGGGUUCCCCUUCAAGGCCAUGCUGUGGAGGAAGGGCCCCCCUCGGGAGGAGACAGAGCCCCCGCCUCCCCCCUCCGCACCCCCCAACUCCCUGCCGGUCACCCCCUGCUACUGCACAGACACCCUGACCUCACGGCCAGACCCCCUGCCUCUGGGCCCGGCAGCCGAGGACCCCGAGUUCUACGCCCGCCUGGCCCAGAAGCUGGACCGGCUGGUGAAGCUCCAGCACAGCCAGCCUGGCAGCCCCUGCGGGGUCCAGUCCCCUGAGGUCGUGGCCGGGCCCCUCAGCCCGGAGCCGGGCCCCGGGCCCCUAGCCCCACCGGAGCCGGCCAGCGAGAGGCACAAGGAGCAGGUGAUCCAGAGACUGGUGGCCCUGCUGGAGGAGCAAGCCGGGGUCAUCAAUGAAGAGAUCGAGGCUGACCCUCUGCUCCGCAGUUCCCUGUCCCGCCUGUCGUACCGCAGCUUCUCCCGGCUGGCCGAGGCGUACACCGCGCGGGCCGACCCGGACAGCCCCAGCCCCCAGCUCACCCGGCUGGCCCUGACCAUGGAGCUGACGCGGAAGGUGGCCGGGAUCAGCAGCCACACGGUGCAGACCCUGAUGGGCUACAGCCUGCAGUACAUGGACAUGUUCGUGCCCUGGCUGCAGCAGCAGGGCGGCUGGGAGAGCAUCGCAGGACAGGAGGAGAUCUUCGAUGUCCUGGACUAGCAGCCCUUGGCCGCAGGGGGCUCGGGGCCGGGGUCACAACGCCGGCCCCUCCCCCUUUCCUCCCCAGAAUCCGCCUUGCGGGGAGGGUUCAGAACACAGCCAUGGCGGCGGGAGGGGGGCUUUGGGGAGAGGGUACCUGUCCGGGGGAAGGGCAGAAACUGAGCCAGCCCUCCCCAAAUUCUCAGGGGAGUUGGGGGGGGGGAGGGUGUCACUGGAGGAAUCCACCCCACAAAAUCUCUGGGUCUGCCCAGGUUUGGGGCCCCAGCAGAGAGCAAUCCCCCCCCAACUUUUGUUUUGGCGGAGGUGAGUGGUUUUUUUAUAAAGGAUUUUCAAUAUAUUUUACUAUUAAAGCUC